AUGUCUUCAAACAUGCUGAUUCUGAAUCUCUUGAUUUUCGGCGAGCGGGCAUUGAUCAUGGAUCGCGGCGCGCAAGCACAAGAAGCCGAGGAUGAGCUGCUGCCAAGUUGGGCCGAGGCGCUCUACCGGGAGCUGACGAUGGCGCCGAUUCGCUCGACCGGGCGCUACCACCCCCAGUUCAACGAGUUCAGCUUUACCCCGAGGAUUAUCGGCUCUUCGGAAAUGUACGUGCGGGCGACGCAGUCGAUGUUUGAGGAGCUCGGCUUCAUCCGCAAGUAUCGCAUCCGGCGCGACCGGCUGGCCCACUUUUUGCUGCAGAUCAGCAGCGGCUAUCAAGACUUGCCCUAUCACAAUUGGAGCCAUGCUUUUUCUGUCACGCAUUUCGCGUAUCUACUCCUCCGCACGGACACCGUCAAGAAUGCGCUCGGCGGACUUGAGCAAUUGGCUUUCUUCAUCGCCUGUCUUGGGCACGACAUUGGCCAUCCGGGCACUAACAACCAUUUCCAGCUGAAAUUGCAAACCCCGCUCGCCAAAUUGUACAGCCGUGAGGGAAGCGUCCUCGAGCACUACCACUACACCCAAACAGCCUCCCUAUUGUACCGCGACGAGUGUAAUAUUUUGGACAAUCUGCCCAUCGAGCAGUUUAAUACGGUCCUCUCCGCCAUCCACGACAUUAUUUUAUCCACCGACAUCGCGAUGCUCUUCAAAAAGACUGAUAAAAUCAGGGAGAUGUUGCGAGUCGGUUAUAAUAAAAACAACGAGAAGCACCACCGCCUGCUGCUCAGUUUGCUGAUGAGCGCCUGCGAUUUGUCCGACCAGAGCAAGCCGUUUCACUCCAGCAAGCAUAUGGCGGAAUCCGUCUUCACCGAGUUCUUCUCACAGGGCGAUUUGGAAAAGCAGAUGGGCCAGCCUCCAAUCGAAAUGAUGGACCGUGAACGAGCGCUGGUCCCGAAACUGCAGCUCGAGUUCUUCGACAAGGUCGCCCUGCCGGUUUACGAGAUGCUCGCUAAAGCAGUCCCAGAAGCCGCUUCAACGCACAGUGGCAUCAUCGAGACGCGGCGCUACUGGGUGGCCUUACAUGAAAUCCUACGCACGCGUGAGGAGCCGACGCUUGGCCUCGGAUUUUUGCACGACGGACAGUUGGAGCGGGAGGUCAUCUGGCAGGUCACCGGUGUCGAUCCUGGCCUAGUCGAGCAGCUACAAGUUCAGGCUUCCGACUCCGACGUCGUCGAAGAAAUGCGACGAAAACGCAGCGCUUCCAUCGCCCGAUCCCAGACCUCAAGCCCGCCGCAAACCAAGAAAAUGUCAACGAUUUCACGGCCCGACACGCCGCGCUCACGUUUCCAAAAUUUUUCUCCUCACUUGGCUGUACGUGCUUCCCGCGACUCUGUCCUCAAUUUUAAUGAUCCCUUCCUUGUUUCCGGUCAU